AUUGAACCGCGCACGACUGUCCAUCUUUAACUGAAAAUUAUCGACUGUGAAAAGGCCCAACCAUGACUGACGCCACCACUGUCGAGGCCCCUGUCAACAGGGCCAAGAGAGCCCCACCUACGGCCGAGGAGAUCGAAGAGGCUAGAGCAAAGAAGCAAAAGUUGCAAAAACCAGAGGGAAUGUCCAAGAGCGAAUGGAAACGCCAGCUCAAGCACCAAAGAUGGGAGGAGUCCAAGGACGAGUACCGUCAAAUUAAGAGGGAAAAGAAGAAGGCUGCAGCCAAGAGAAAGAAGGAGUCCGACAUUGUGGUUCCCAAGAAAAAGAUCCCAGAAACCCAGACUCCCACCGAUGUCAGUGUGAUCAUGGACUGUGACUUCGAUGACUACAUGAGCUACAAGGAAAUCGUUUCGUUGUCCAACCAGAUCACGCGAGCAUACUCGUCCAGAAGACACUCAGACUACCAGGUCGAUCUCACCAUAACCAGUUUCAACAAGAACCUCAAACAGAGGUUCGACAAUGCCCUCAGCCACUACAAGCACUGGCAGAACAUCCAGUUUGUGGAGUCGGAAAGUCUUGCUGCUUAUUUGCCCGAGGACACCUCCAAGCAUGUGUAUUUGACUGCUGACACCGAAGAGGAGAUCCAGGACCUAGAGCCAGGUUACACCUACAUCAUUGGAGGAAUUGUGGACAAGAACAGACACAAGAAGCUCUGUUUGAACAAGGCCAAGGAAUUGGGAUUGAAAGUUGCCAGAUUGCCCAUUGGCAAGUACAUUGAGAUGAAUGGCAGACAUGUCUUGGCUACGUCGCACGUCUACGAGUUGUUGUGCAAGUACUUCGAGACCAACAAGGAUUGGGGCAAGGCAUUUGAUGAGGUGUUGCCACCAAGAAAAGUCAAGGGGAAGGUAGAAAGUGGAGAAAAGGAAACUGAAGGGGGCGAGGAGAACGAUGACGAGGAGGAGGAAGAGGUUGGCGAAGAGGAAUCCCUCCAGAAGGUGGCUGAUGGCCAAUCAGUGCCUGCUGAAAAUAAUGCAUAGACUGUUAGUAAUUUACGACACUUAAUGAAUGGCCAUUCGAACCAGAAAUUGGGAGAGGAAAGGGAAACUGUAGCUUGCGAUGGUUGAAACUUACAGAGCCAAACUUAUUUGAGUAUAAAUGUGUCUCGGGGCUCACUGGUCUCAUUAAUUCCCUGUCAAGGGAACGCAGGUACUGGUAUAUUGUGUACUUAACAAUAUUUUGUCUGGUAUAGGAUACAAACAGAACAUUCAACCGGUUACUUUGCAGACAAUUCUAUUCCAUAUUAUAAAUUGAUCGAUUUCCAUUUGUG